GAUAUAAAAUAUUUUUAAAAUGAUUUUAACUUGGGUAAAGUGUUAAAAAUGGCUGAUCCAUCAUUAUUACGCUGGUUUCAUGGCAGAAUAACAAGAGAUAUAGCAGAAAACUGCUUACAAACUACUACAUCAAUGGAUGAUGGCACCUACUUACUACGUGAAAGUGCAUCUGAAAUAGGAAGUUAUGUACUCUCUGUCUGCAAAGAUAAAAAAGUUAUCCAUUACGCUAUUCAAAGGCAGCCUAGCGGUAUGGUUGGUAUAGCUGAUGGACCACAAUUUCCUGGACCAGUGGAGCUUGUUAAUCAUCAUAAAACUUCUUUGGGUGGGUUGAUGACAAAGUUAACAUAUCCUUGUGAACGCCCUGCUGGUGUAAAAGCUACUGCAUAUAAAGGUAUUAGUCAUGACGAUUUAGAUGAAGCAAUAAGAACAGUAUUGAGAACGGAAGGUGUUGUUAAUGAAGAAGCAGUUCGCAAAUUUAAAGUUAAAAUGGAAUAUGUUGUUGGAAAUAUUUUGCAUCGGCAGCAACCAUGGUUUCAUGGUGUUAUUCCCCGUACUGAAGCUGAACGACGUUUGAAAAGUUUAAGUGAAACUGGAAUGUUUUUAAUUAGAGAAAGAGGAUCUCCACGGGGUAGCUAUGUUAUAGGUUUAUUUUACCAAGGAGGUGUUUAUCAUUAUCUUUUCGAAAGUAAUAAUCAAGGUCAAUUAUCAAUAAAAUCUGGACGCUCUUUUGAUAACCUAAUGGCAGUUGUUAACUUUUAUUCUCAAAAAAGUGAAGGAUUGUUUUGUACAUUAAAAAGAGCUUGUGAAGUUUCAUGGUUUGAGUUUCAACCAAAAACUGAAAUUUAUAAAAACAUUUUAUUACAUCCAGAAAUUCAAGCGGAACUCAAAAAAACACUGCUUUUAUAUGAAGAUGAACUAAAGAAGUAUAGGAGAGUGUCAAGAGUAGAAAGACCACCAUUACCAAAUAGACCAGUUUCAAGGGUAUCGAACCAAAUAGAUGUAAAAGAUACUUGGGUUUAUGAAAAAAUUUACGAUAGUAAAAAUAUUGUUAAAAAAGAAGGAUUCAAAAAUCCAUUUGAAACUCAAGAACGAGAAACAGAACUUGAUCCUAAGCGACUUCGGCUAGAGCAUGAACUAGGUCAUGGAAAUUUUGGUUCUGUUGUAAAAGGAGUUUACUUGUUAAAAAACAACAAAUCUGUAGCUGUUGCUGUAAAAACUCUUAAAGAAGAAGACAUUCCUGGGCAAAAGUCUGAAAUUGUUAAAGAAGCUGAAAUAAUGUCAAAACUGGAUCAUCCCAACAUAGUUAGACUAAUAGGAGUCACUCAAUCACCAGGAUUUAUGCUAGUGAUGGAGUUAGCUCCACAAGGUCCAUUGCACAAAUUCUUGAAAAAAAAUAGAAAUAUGAAUGUGCUUGAUAUUCUUGUUCUCAUGUUGCAGGUUGAUGAAGGGAUGAACUACCUUGAGAGUCAACAUUUUGUUCAUCGUGAUUUGGCUGCAAGAAAUGUUUUAGUAGUAUCGGAAAAUUUUGUUAAAAUAUCAGAUUUUGGAAUGUCUAGAGCAAUGGGCGUUGGAAAUGAGUAUUAUCGGGCUGAACGAGCCGGUAAAUGGCCAUUAAAAUGGUAUGCUCCAGAAUGUAUAUACUAUCACAAGUUUUCAAGCAAAGGAGAUGUUUGGAGUUAUGGAAUAACAAUGUGGGAAGCAGUUUCUUAUGGAGGUAAACCAUACCAGGGUAUGAGAGGACCCGUUAUAGUAGAAAAACUUGAAAGUGGUUAUCGUCUUCCAAAGCCUGAUAAUUGUUCAGAUGCAGUGUACACAUUGAUGUUAAAAUGUUGGGAAACUAACCCUGAUGAUCGACCAUCGUUUAUGGAAAUUGGUAUCAUUUUAGCACAAUAUAUUCAAAAUGAGAGAGUUAAAAAGAAAUAGAAAUUCCCCUCAUCUG